UUAAUUUUGAUUUUCCAUUAAUAAAGAAUACACGUAGAUUUCUGAAUAAAUUUCACGGAUAUGAUAUUAGUAUACAUAGCGUACAACAAUCGCAUAUAUCUUCGAAAGUCGAAGGUUGUAAAGUUUUGUGGAUGAGUUGCAGAGGUUAUAUGUAUGUGAAGGUGACAAACAUUAUACCUAUGGACAUAAACCAAAAGAGUGCAACAAGUUGAUUUUAAAAGUAUUUUACUGGUAACACAAAAAUAAGAUGGAUUCCAGUUCAUCGAGUCUGUCAACUUUUUCAAAGAUUCAGCAGAGCAAACGAGUGCAGGCAUUGCUGAUGUCCAAACUAAAGAUGGAUCCCAAAACACCUACCCAAAUAUUUGUGACAAAUCCUUCUUCCCUAUCAAAAACAUGUUCUUCCUCACCUGCUAUCAUAAAAAUUUUCCCAAGCAACUUUAACAAAGUCAGUUUAUCUAAAUGUAAAGAUGUACUUCAGAGCAACACAAGCAUAUUACAGGAUAAACCAUCAACUUCAUCAGCAAUCGAUGGUGAUGCAAAUAUCGAAAUCACAGAAAAUUUAUCGGAGGAAGUUAUUGUAUCAAGUAAUGUUAACGAAAUUAUUGAAACUAGUGAAAAUUCAUCCAAUGAUGGUAACAAAAUUAAAGAUAAUUAUUGUGACCCAUUAGAAAAUACUGCAACUUGUGAAAUUGUUGGCAAGCAACCAAUUAAAAUCUCAUCGACGAGAUCUUUACAGAAAUCAAACAUUAAAGUUUUGAAAAGACCAUCAUCAAGUUCAUCUACCAGUAUCCCCAUGAAAGUAAGCAAGAAUCACAGCAAAGAAUGUUGUUCUUGUUGUAGAGAAACUCUGGAAGCUAUUCUAAUUCAUCAACAGGAAAUAUUAAAUUUGCUGCAAAAUAAAACGCCUGUAGGAAAAACGGGACCCAUAUUGUCUUCAGAAAAAUUAGACCUCUUACCAUUUAUGCCUUUUGAAGACAUAAAUGACUUCUUGGAUUUUGAUGAAUCACUAUCAAAUGAAAAUGUUCAAUACCAGUUUAUUGUAAAGCUAAAUAAGUUGCUUGUUCCAACGGAACAAAAAUCAGUAUCAAAUAUUAUGUCUUCGAUUCUGUCAAAUGAAUUGUGUAAAAACAUUUCUUGGAUAGGUGUGAAAGAUACUGUCCCUUUUGGUACAUCUAACAUGGUUGGGUUGAUAGUUGAUCUUAUUCAAGAACAUCAUCAAAUUCAUAUAGAUGCUGUAAGGAAUCGAAUUGCCGAAUGGCUUCGAAGAUGCGGUGAUAGAAUAAAUAACGAAUUAAGGAGGAGACAGAAAAGAGUAGAACAAGGCUAUAGUCAAUAA